AUGACUCGUUACGCUAAGGAGCAUGAGAAUCCUACAAAAUCUGCCAAAGCAUGUGGGUCUUACCUGCGUGUUCACUUCAAAAAUACCCGUGAAACUGCACAGGCAAUCAAGCACAUACAUCUGAAGCUAGCAAAUCGCUUCUCAAAGAAUGUAAUUGGACAGAAAGAGUGUAAAAGUGCUGAGUUUCUGCUUCAGCUCCUAAAAAAUGCAGAGAGCAAUGCUGAAUUCAAAGGUCUGUCGACUGAGCACCUUGUGGUUGAACACAUUCAGGUGAAUGCUGCCCCCAAAAUGCGCAGGAGGACCUACAGAGCCCAUGGACGCAUCAAUCCAUACAUGAGCCACCCAUGCCACAUUGAAGUUGUCCUGGCCGAGAAGGAAACUGCUGUCCCCAUACCCAAGUCAAGAAAAGGGUGUCAAAGAAGAAGCUCCAGAAACAGAAGUUGUUGCAGAGAGAUUAGAUUCAUCUGUAAUCUUCAUGCAGAUAAUUAA